CACACACACACACACACACACACACACACACACACACACACACACACACACACACACACACUUCUACACACGAACACUCACACUCUGUAGGAAACCAACCAUAAGUAGACCACGAGGAGACCGGACCAGACAGGAGGAAGUAUUUUUGCUACCUGGACUCACGUACAGGACGCCCAGACUGUCCCUUGGAUCUAUCAACCAUGACAACGGCUGUCCCCUUCCUCCUCUCCUUAGUCCUAGUCCUCACCAACGGUCAGUAUUACUACCAGGGUCUCAUGGAUUAUCUGGAGAACAGAUUCCUUGCCAUUGAGGAUCGUAUGCUCAUAUGGCACGAGCAGUCGAACCGCUACAACACAGAGCUGCGGCACUUCAAGAAGCAGACUGCUGAGUUUAUAAAGGGACUAAACCAGGACCACGGGACCCUGCGCCAAGACCUGGAGGGGACAGGGGUACGAGUGGACCGCGUCGAGAGAGAGAUGGACUACAUCGAAACCCAAAACCCCGCUAAGCCCUGUGUGAACCAGGCAGACAGAAUGGUGGAUGUGGACCUGGAGGUGAAGGAGCGGGUGAAGGAGAGGAAGAGAGGGGGAGAGGAAGAUGGGUACUCCAGAGUCUUGGAUUGUGUAGACAUCAUCUCCAGCAUCAGAGCCAUGAAGAUCCUGAAGAGGAUGGGGAGCCCCAAGGGCAUGUGGACUAAAGACGCCAGGACCUCUAAGGUCUACGUCUUCAACGGCACGGCAGAGGACACCGUGUACCAGUUCAGCUCUGUUCUAGACUUCUCGUCCUCCCCAGGAGUGGCCCACAGCAGGCCUAUAAGACUGCCCUCUCUGUGGAGUGGCACCGGAUGUGCCGUCUACAAUGGCUAUGCCUACUACGUGAUGGAGGGGGCCGACGAGCUCCAGGUGAUUAAGUAUGACCUGGCGAAUGGCACAUUGGCAGACAGUGCUGUGUUCCCAGUGGAGGUGGCACACCAUAGACCCGUCUACAGCCUCAACCCAGAGACUGCUGUGGAUCUGGCUGCCGAUGAGGAAGGCCUCUGGGCCCUUUACACCACCAGGGAGAGUGAGUCCAUCAACCUGGCUAAGAUGGACCCUGACAGCCUGGAUAUCGAGCAGAUGUGGGAUACACAGUGUCCCCAGGAGAACGCGGAGGCAGCCUUCGUGGUCUGUGGGACGGUCUAUGUGGUCUACAACACUAGGGUGCCUAGUCGCUCUCGUGUUCAGUGUGUGUUUGACGUAAACGAUGCGGUGACCAAUGAGGAGGCUCCGCUACUGUAUUUCCCCAGGAGGUAUGGACUCCACGCCAGCCUAAAGUACAACCCUCAGGAGAAACAGAUCUAUGCCUGGGACGACGGCUACCUGAUCCUUUACAAACUGUCCAUGACGAGGAAGCUAAUGGUUUAAGUGGAUGGACUAGUGGGCAUUUUAGUCAAAUAACAUUUUAGUCCGAGAAACGGACGGAAAACAUUCUAACAUGAAGACUAUCACUGGAGACAUAUAUUUGUUUUUUGACACCACUCACCCCACUGUCCAUACUGUAUACAUUGUCUCGACAGGAAAAUGUACCUCUGUAUUGUUUUACUUGAAAUAAUGCAUUGAAUUACUGUACUGUAGGUGCGCGUUACCAAACAUUAUUGCUACCCCAGUUUGAUAUAAAGUUGAUGUUGAAUGGAGCUCUGAAUAAGAUUGGAAUCGUAAUAUGUCCGCAACAACUGGAUUUAUUCGGGGCAGAGAUCAGAAACCGUGUAUAAUUGAAUGCCUUGAUGGAAUGUAUGGCCCAGCUCUCCUCAAGAUUUAAUUUGGCUAUUUGCACUCCACUUGUUUUAGUUCAUCCAAUUUACUCUUCCCUGCUGCUUGCUCCCUUUGUUGUUCACUUUGACAUACGUAGUCGUGGAAGUGACAGUCUCCGGCUAAAGUUCAUCGGCACAAUCAGAUAAAAAUAUAAAGUCACAAAAACUUUACAGAGGAGAAAUCUUACUGUACAUGAAUAAAAAAUAUAUAAUAUUAUGUGUGCCACCGUAAUUCAUCAUACACGACCGUUCAAAAGUUUGGGGUCACUAAGAAAUGUCUUUGUUUUGGAAAGAAAAGCACAUUUUCUGUCCAUUAAAAUAACAUCAAAUUGAUCAGAAAA